CCGCUCCGCGCAUGCGUAUGAACGGCCGGGGUCCCGGAAGUGGACGCUCGCAGAGUCGCCGCCGCUCGGAGCCGGAGGCGCACAGCUGCCGAGGCCGUCGUCAUGUCGUCCUUCGACACGAACCCCUUCGCUGACCCGGUGGACGUGAACCCCUUCCAGGACCCCUCAGUGACGCAGCUGACCAACGCGCCCCAAGGUGGCCUGGCGGAGUUCAACCCUUUCUCAGAGACCAAUGCAGCAACCACAGUGCCGGUCAGCACGCGGUCGGGGCCCUCACAGCCCGCGGUGCUGCAGCCCUCGGCGGAGCCCAUCCAGCCCAGCCCCCAGGCUGUGGCCUCCGCGGCCCAGGCCAGUCUGCUUCAGCAGCAGGAAGAGUUGGACAGGAAGGCAGCUGAGCUGGACCGCAAGGAGCGGGAGCUGCAGAACACUGUGGCCAGCCUGCAUGUGAGAGAGAACAACUGGCCGCCGCUGCCUGCCUGGUGCCCCGUCAGGCCCUGCUUCUACCAGGACUUCUCCGCGGAGAUCCCUGCUGACUACCAGCGCAUCUGCAAGAUGCUGUACUACCUGUGGAUGCUGCACGGGGUGACCCUGUUUCUGAACCUGUUGGCCUGCCUGGCCUGGUUCCUGGUGGACACCAGCAAGGGUGUGGACUUCGGCCUGUCCAUCCUGUGGUUCCUCAUCUUCACGCCCUGCGCCUUCUUGUGCUGGUACCGGCCUGUGUACAAGGCCUUCCGGUCUGACAACUCCUUCAGCUUCUUUGUGUUCUUCUUCGUCUUCUUCUGCCAGAUCGGGAUCUACGUCAUCCAGCUGGUGGGCAUCCCUGGCCUGGGGGACAGCGGCUGGAUCGCAGCGCUGUCUAUCCUGCACCAGGACCUGGCCGUGGCCAUCAUCAUGAUGGUGGUGGCCGGCUUCUUCACCCUCUGCGCAGUGCUGGCCCUCUUCCUGCUGAAGCGGGUGCACUCCCUGUACCGCCGCACGGGUGCGAGCUUCCAGCAGGCCCAGGAGGAGCUGUCGCAGGGCUUCUUCAGCAGCAGGACCUUCCGCGGAGCCACCGCCUCUGCCGCCUCCUCAGCCGCCCGUGGGGCCUUCCAGGGGAACUAGCUGCCUUCCAGCUGCAGACCAGCUGCCUUAGGAGGGGCUGCCUGGAGGGCCCGUCCCCCACAGUGGAGGGGCGCCGCCCCCAGCCCACCUGAACUAGCUGCCUUAGGAGGGGCUGCCUGGAGGGCCCAACCCCAGCCCCCCGCACCCCCACAAUGGAGACGCACUGUCCUCUGCACACAUACCCGGGUCUUCCUCCUGGGUGGCGGGCAGGGUGGGGCGAGGCCUGGGCACACCAGCAGCCCUGCCUUCCUGCCAGGUCCUCGUCCCCCCCCCAGCAGGCCCCCUGACGUGGUGUCCAGCCUGCCCCUCCCUGCAGGUAGAAUGUGGGUGUCCUGGGGACGAGGGACGGGGACACUGUCCUGCCCUCUGCUAGUUUCCCAGGAAGGUGGAUGGUGUCCUGGGACAUUUGGUUUCCUCUCCUGGGGACAGCGCCCCUGCCCCCAAGCCCACCAGCCAUGUUCACCUCAUUUGAUUCUGGGGGGUCAUCGUCAGCCGGGGCGGGGCUGCCGGACAAACCCAAGUCCAGGUCACCUGCCCUGGUCCUGGGUCCUCAGGGUCUGGUCAUGGUACCCGGUCUGUGACAGAGCUGCCACCUGUCCCCUAGGCUGGUCAGCCCUACCUCCAGGACCUCCCUGGGGCCCCUGGCCGGCCAGCCCAGGGCCAUGGGAGCCGCACCAAGGGCUCUGCUCGGGCCCUGCCGCCCUGUACACACGCGCAUCUUAUCUCAGUGUUUAUGCUUCAAUAAAAACAAUGGUUUGGUC